AGGCAGUGAUGCUUCCUUUAGUCGGACAAAUCUUCAUCUCAGUGAGGUGGCUUCAUGAUUUGGGUGUGGCCCAUCGAGACUUAUCGCUGGAGAACAUUCUUCUAACUGAUGCAGAAGGUGGGCAACAGAUCAAGCUCAUUGACUUUGGGAUGGCCACCGUGAACCGAACCUGCAAGAAGGAGGUUCGAGGAAAACAAUCCUAUCAAGCUCCGGAGAUGCACACUUCGGAUCCCUACGAUGCCUUCUUGGCCGAUGAGUUUGCUUUGGGUGUCUCAAUUUUUGCAAUGGCGGUGCAGGAUUAUCCUUGGACUUCAACCAAGAAAGGUUCGUGUCAGCUUUUCGAGUACAUCUCAACGUUUGGUUUGAUGAAAUUUCUGAAGAAGAGGAAGUUGAGGAAAGGUACUGAACAUCUUUCAGAGGUGAUGAGUGCUGAGUUGACCCAGCUCAUCGAUUGCAUGCUCCAGUUGGAUGCCUCCAAUCGGCUCUCCUUGGGCGAAGCCUGCUUCAGCGGCGAGGCUCGUAGAAGCGUUUGGGACGAGCUUUGGAUCCAAUCCUUUCAAGGACCCUAGCUGAACGGUCUGACCCUAAAGGAAGAGUGGGUGUGAAAAGAAAUGCAUGUUGCCCUUGCCACAUGCGAAAACAAUGCACAGAAUGUGUUUGAUUUUUUGGAAUAUGCAUCCAAUCCUGUUAAGCAAACUGAUAGCCACGAACCCAAUAUAGCAAUGGCCUCCAACCUACUAGCGAUGGCUUGCAUAUAGUAGCGAUGGCUUCCAACCUACUAGCGAUGGCCUCUAGCGAUGGCUAGCAAUGGCCUCCACCCCAGUAGCAAUGGCCUCCAACCUACUAGCGAUGGCUAGCGAUGGCCUCCAACCUCAUAGUGACGGCUUCCAACCUACUAACGAUGGCAACCUACUAGUGAUUGCCUCCAAC